AUGAGUGAUCGUUUGAAUGAGGUCCCUGAAAUGGAAAGCAUGGACGAUACUGUUUCACCAAAAAGAAGAAAUGCACCAGGAAAAUUGGUUCUGAGGCCUCAAAAAAUUAUGAUCGUCAAUUUAUAUAAGGACUUCAAAUCCAAAAAUCCAAAUAUGCCGUACAGGCAAAUGAUGUCCGAAAUGUCGACUACUUUGGGUAUUGGCUUGAAUUCGGUGCGUAAUACUGUUUCCGAAUACAAACUUACCGGCACUGUAAGUUCUCCUAACAAGAAACGAAAUAAAAAGUGUCUGUUCGAAAAAAUUGAUGACUUAGAUCGAAAUGGGUUACGUCAAAAAGUGCAUAGUUUUUGGAUGAAGAAAGAAUUACCAACACUCGACAAGAUUUUGGUAGCCGUGAAUGAAGAUCCGGCUUUUCCUAACUUUAAACGUACCUCGUUAGAAGAAGGUCGUAAUAUCUACUACCUAGACGAGACAUGGGUAAAUGCAGGCGAUUAUGUUGACAAGUUGUGGGUUGACAAAACAAUUAAGUCAAAACACGAUGCGUUUAAAAAAGGUCUAACAACUGGUGCAACGAACCCGACUGGUAAGGGUAAACGCUUAAUUGUUUUGCACAUUGGAUCACAUAAAGGUUUUUUGGAAGGUGGCCUGUUAUGUUUUUUGUCAAAGAAAAAUACUGGCGACUAUCAUGAUGAGAUGAACAGCCACAACUUCCAUGAAUGGUUCCAGUUAAUAAUUCCACGCCUCGACCCAAAUUCGGUAAUUGUGUUGGACAACGCACCGUACCACUCUGUAAGGACCGAGAAAAUACCGACAAAUGCAUCAAAGAAGGACGAAAUUUUGACUUGGUUAAUAUCAAAAGGCGUUAUAGUUGAUAUAGCGAUGUUUAAACCACAACUACUCGCCAAGGUUAGAGAAAUCAAAGGAAAGUAUGUUUCUUAUGUCGUCGACAAUAUGGCUAAAAACGCCGGGCAUACUGUCCUUCGAUUACCACCAUACCAUUGUGAGUUGAACCCUAUUGAAUUGGCAUGGGCAAUGGUAAAAACCUAUGUCAAACAUAACAAUACCACAUUCAACAUCGAUGACGUUAGGGUCCUCCUAAACACGGCGAUUGAACGUGUUACCAGUGAAAAUUGGCAAAAUUUCAUUGCACACGUCAUAACGGAAGAACAAAAAAUGACAGAAGUCGACCGCAAUAUGGACGAAAUCAUCGACAAGCUGGAACCUUGCGUCCUCACCAUAACAGGCGACACGACUUCUGAUUCUUCAGAUUUUUAA